AUGGGGUGCAACAUGUGUGUGGUUCAAAAGCCUGAGGAACAAUACAGGGUCAUGUUCCAGAAGGGCCACAUAAGCAACAUGUUGUGCUCUUUUGAAGCUGACGGUCGAUUAAAGGUGAAUGGAAAGGAGCUGUCCCGCCUUUCUGGGGAUCCCACCCUGGACAUACGGGACCCCCUGUUGUCCAACAUACUGAGGCGGGGGGCCCGCAGACGGACGGGCCUAGCGGGAGCCCCUGGAGGGUUAGUGCCAGUGACCAUGGGCAUGGCCGACUGCGUGGACAGCUGCACUCAAACAGACAUCAGCUUCCAGCAUAUGCUGACUCUGGGCAAGAGCAGCCAGCAUCCCUGUGGCGCUCCACCCCCACCCGAUCCUCCGCCGUCCCCUCCACUACCACCGCUACUGGAGCCAUAUCUAUUCAAUGAACUCUUUAUGGAGCCUGUAUACAACGACCCCGCUGACUACUUCGAUAUCACUCAGCAUGAAGUGGACAGACAGGAUGAGCUGGAAUAUGAGGAGGUGGAGCUGUAUAAGUCUCGCCAGCAGGAUAAACUGGGCCUGACAGUUUGUUACAGGACCGACGAUGAGGAGGACCUGGGGAUAUAUGUAGGAGAGGUGAACCCGAACAGUAUCGCUGCAAUAGAUGGACGCAUACGCAAGGGAGACAGAAUACUACAGGUACAGAUAAAUGGAGUGGACAUCCAGGACAGAGAGGAGGCGGUAGCUAUUCUCACCAGAGAGGACAGCACUAAUGUCUCCCUGCUCCUUGCUCGGCCCGAGAUAGAGAACGACAACCAGCUGGACCCUGAUGACCUGGACCUGGAGCCACUGGACAAUGCUGUUCAUCUGCCCUGCAGUCACAGAAUGAGGAACAGUGCCUCCAUCCUGGGUGCAGGACCGGGUAGUGUUGCUGGUGGGGGUAUACUAGGCAGCCACAGUCACUCCAUGAACAGGGAGUCACCUGAUUUGCUCCAGACGGUGCUGAGCAAUAGCCAGGAGCUGGACAGCGGCGUGGGCCGUACAGACGAAAGCACACGCUAUGAGGAGUCUUCAGAACACGACCUUCUGGGAGAUGACCACACCAGUGCCUCCAAUACGAACGCCACUAAUACGCCUGGCAGCAUGCGCAAGUUCUUGUCAGGCCGAGGGGACACGCCGCCCUUGCUGCACUCCCAGGACCUCCAGUUCAGCACCGACUCCCUCUUAGGGCUGGACUGUGUUAAUGGAGGGCUGGAACAGAUGGAGCGAUUGGAGAGGGCCUACAUGGCGGAUCCUGUGAGGAUGAUGAUGCCUGGGUUGACUGAGGAGGAGUGUGAGAGGUACAAAGAGCUCCUGGAAAUCAAGUGUUACUAUGAGAAGAACAGUAAUGAUCUGAUGCUGCUGGGAGGUCAGGGGUCGGCACAAGAGGAAGGGGGUGUCUCACUGGAUGUCAACAGGAACGAGAGCCUGACGCAGCAUGAGAUGGCCCUUCUGGAAGAGGAACUGCGCCACUUGGAGUUCAAGUGUCGUAACAUCUUGAGGGCACAGAAGAUGCAGCAGCUGAGGGAGCGUUGCCUAAAGGCUUGGCCUCUAGAGGACAAGAACGGAGCAAGUGCAGGGGCUGGAGCAGGAGCUGGAUGCUUGGACAUCAGCGGUGCUUUGGUCAGUGAGGAGUCGUGUCACCAUGCUCUGUCAGACAUCAAUGAACUCCCAGAGAGGGAGCGCUCAGAUAAAGACAGUACGAGUGCCUACAACACUGGAGGGGAAAGUUGCAGGAGCACCCCUCUGGUCAAUGAACAGUACCCUUCUCCCUCUACACAGAGCCUGGAGGGAGGAGAGCCUCUUCUCCCUGCAGAUAUGCAGCUUCCAACCUCCAGCAGGCAGAGAGAGAGAGGAACCAGAGCCGAAAGAGGGGAGAGGACACAAGCAAACCUCAACCAACCCUACUCUCCUCACACACAAAGGAGAGGAGCCGAAGCGAAGACGUCCAUCCCCGGAGUGAAGGCUAGAUCCCUGUCCCGGGAUGCAGGAACCAGACGUGGCUCAGAUGGAGGGGUGAGACGUAACCCCAAAGAGAGGGCUGGGGGAUGCAGCGCAGAGAAUAGCCCUUACCUGUCCCGCCGUCAAACUGAAACAAAGCCGCCUCAACGCUAUCUGAGCUGCAUGCAGUUGAGGUCUCCCUCCACCUCUGAGCGGCUUUGUGGACUCAGAGACGCUGCGAGACAGGGCAGCAUGGAGACUGUGGGUGAUGCCAGCCCAAUGAGCUUGGGUAGCACAUGUCAAGAUGUUGCCAAGGUGCCAGGUUCUGUACCCUUACCCUUGUCCCCUCCGCUGCUGCCUGCCUCCCCUCGUAUGGAAUGGAAGGUGAAGAUCCGCAGCGAUGGCUCACGCUACGUGGCAAAACGGCCCGUGAGGGAUCGCCUCCUGAAAGCACGUGCCAUGAAGAUCAGGGAGGAGCGCAGUGGCAUGACGACAGAUGACGACGCCGUGAGUGAAAUGAAGAUGGGCCGUUACUGGAGCAAAGAGGAGCGCAAGCAGCAGCUGCUAAAGGCCCGAGAGCAGCGGCGGCGCAGGGAGUUCAUGAUGCAGAGCCGUCUUGACUUUUUGAGAGACCGUGAAAGGGAGCAGGGCAGCAGUGGUGGAGGCCAGCAGGGGACGACAAACCAGCAGGAAGCCACCUCCAUCCUGGAGCUGUGCCACCGCAGGAGCAUGAAGAAGCGAAGUCGCAGAAUUCUGGACAACUGGAUCACUAUACAGGAGCUGCUGGCCCAUGGGACCAGGUCUGCAGAUGGGAAGAAAAUCUAUAACCCCCUGCUGUCUGUCACCACCGUCUGA